AUGAACAUCUUCAAAAAGCUAUUCACAACAGCAAACAGGGACCUUGAAGAAGUCAAGUAUGAUCCCGUCGAAGAUUCUGAAAACGGGACACCACCCCGAUCGAACUCGCCAAGCUCCCUGUGGUCAGCGGGCUUCACCAGACGUCAGAGAGGCUCAAUACUAUCACAUCCGGCCGUCGUCAUCUCCCAAGCCAUAAUGAUCACACUUCUGGCUGCCUAUGCGGUCGUGAUCACAUGGAAAGGCCCAACCGAACUUACAUGUGCAAGGAAGUUAUCGCCGUAUUCUCCCUACCUAGAAACAAAAGACCUUCAGUAUGUCGAGUAUACAGACCAGAACCACCUCAUGCAGCCCUCACCUUAUCGCGGGCAUCCAACACCGGAGGUGGAGGAGGCUUGGGUGAAGCUGUGGAGGAUGCCAACAAUCCACUUCCCCGAAGAGAAAAUGCCCCUCCUCAACAAAACCCCUGCGAGCAACUACGCCCACUUCGCGCCCAAAUACGGCGGCGAAAUGAUGGGGUUUCUGGACGUCUUCCAUCAACUACACUGUCUGAAUCUAGUUCGCCAAUACACCUACCGCGACUCAUACGACUACAGCAACGUCACUGCCUUCCGGGCUCCUCAGGAAGUGGUAAGGGGCCACAUCGAUCACUGCAUCGAGACGAUUCGUAAGGCCAUCAUGUGCACGGCUGAUGUGACGCCCGUGGUGUUCUUGAAGGAUGAAACCCGAAGGGGAGGCAGUAAGAGUGAUUUCAAUAUCAAGAAGAAGUGCAGGGAUUUUGAGAGGAUCAGGGAUUGGGUGGCGGAGAAUGCUGGGGUUGCUGACGUCGAGCAGCAGAUGUAA